AUGGCUAAUAUCUCAUUUGCCUUAUCAUUUCUGAACUGUUCUUCUUUGUUGAGUGAUAUAAACAAUUUACAAGAUGAUAUAUUGGUAGAAAUAUUCUUUCGAAUGCCAUACAAAUCCACUGUGAAAUGCAAGUGUGUGUGCAAGCGUUGGUUGAAAUUGCUUUCAAUCCCUUAUUUUCUGAAACAAUUUGUGUCUCGCCAAUACUCUCUUUCCAAGGCCAUCUUCACCUUCAUUUCACCUUCCCAACUCAUGCUCACUUUCCCCCCUCCAGAUUUAGACUCCAAUCCUCAAGCCCACAAGGCUCCUUUUUCACUAGAUCAGAUGCUCAUAAAAGGGAAUGUGUGUGGCUAUUCCAACGGCUUAUUUUUGUACUACAACAACAGAUCCACAUCAGGUAGGGGUUACUUUGUGUAUGAUCCACUCACCAAGGUAUGCACCCACAUAGCUCCCUUUCCUGACACAAAUAAGAAAGAACGCAUAUAUGCUAUUGGCUUCCUUUCCAUAACCUCAAAUUCUACUCGUCGUUUUUUGGUGGUGAUUGUGAAUUCUUUUAUAAAAAGCCUAGAUAACUUUAGUAUGGAGGUUUUCUUCUCGCAUACUGGUAUAUGGAGACAAAUGGUUGUGAGAUGCAUAAAGGGAUUUACUUUUGCUCCUCAUUGGAAGCUUGGUUUGGCACAUAAAGGAAACCUUUAUUUCAUGGGCACAAAGGGUGUUUUUGUGAUUGAUCACCUUUUUGUGGUCAAUUAUACAAUUGAUUAUCCUGAAGAUGUUGAUGCUAUGAAUAUAGUGAGAUCUGGAUACCUGGGAUGCUCUGGUGGGACUUUGAAGAUUGCAGAUAUUAACAAUGAUAAUAAUUUGAGAGUGUGGGAAUUGAUACAGAUAGAGAAGGACACCACCCCAAAAAGCUUUUACCCAACAUGGCAAUUGGUGCAUAAGACAAACCUUUCCACACACCUCCCUGCUAUGUUUUGUGCCAAUUACUUCAAGCGUGUAGCAGGAUUUCAUCCCUAUGAUGGAGACAUUGUGUAUUUGCAUUCUUAUGCUAAUGGGAUUCUUGUUGCCAACCUAAGGACUAACAAGUUUGAGCAUAUUCCUGGUCAUGACAAACUUGAUAUUAGUCCCUUCCAACUAGAGCUCCCACUCCCACCCCUGAUUCCAUCUGCAGACAAUUAA